AUGCAAUUAGAACCCAACCUCCAUCUACUUCAUCUCUCUCAGCAGCAGCCAGACCAGACGACCGAGCACAAUGUUCAACCACCGGCGUCAAACUUGCGUGGAGACUAUUAUUACUACUACAAACCUUACAUGUCGAUACACAACCCGUCUCUGCGGUCCAUCGGCGAGCAUCCUUACCAGCAAGAUCAAGCGCACAGCAUCCACCACGCACACCACGGAGUUCAACAAAUGUUCAGCAAUGCCGAUCUGGAAUGCUUGUCAGACCGACACUGGUACGCAUUUCUCUGCUCCAGUUUUAUCACUUUUUUUGGAGGCUUAUUUUUGGUUCUAAGUUGGAGGAUAUUAAGUUGGAUGUGUUGUCAGAGAAAAGCUGUUGUAACCUUAACUGGGAAAUCUGGCUACCGAAAAGGCGAAGCAGUAAAUUCUGAAGUUGGGUGGGUGACGGAGGCAAAAGAUUGGGCUGGAGAGUUGAUCAGUGGACAGACGACGACAGGAAGAAUUUUGGUUAGUGGUCAUUUCAAGUUUGAUAUACUAAUAUUUUAA